UACCCUCUAUUGCAUUGGAAUGGAAGCCCUUGUGUAUAAUUCCCGUGCAGUUCUCCCAAAUUCGCUAAUUUUCAGAAAACACCCUUCACCAAGAAAUUUGUUUCACCAGGUGUGCAUCAUCUCCUCGGGCAAUCAAAGUUCCAGGAGAACCUUAACAAUGGCCCAGGCUGCCAACAACCCAGUGGUUCAGCGUAAAGUCAUAAUACCAAACAAACAUGGUGAAAAACUUGUGGGCGUAUUGCAUGAAACUGAAUCUCCGGAGAUUGUAAUCUUAUGCCACGGUUUCUGGUCCACGAAGGAAAACAAUACUAUGGUGAACCUUGCUUUUGCAUUGGAAAAUGAGAGAAUCAGUGCCUUUCGUUUUGACUUUGCUGGAAAUGGUGAAAGUGAAGGUUCAUUUCAGUACGGUAACUACUGGAGAGAGGCUGAUGACUUACAUGCCGUAAUCCAACAUUUCUCUGGAGCAAACCGUAUAAUAAGUGCAAUCAUUGGGCAUAGUAAAGGAGGCAAUGUGGUACUACUGUAUGCUUCAAAAUAUCAUGAGAUCCACACGGUUGUCAAUGUUUCUGGCCGUUAUGAUUUGUCAAAAGGCAUUGAAGAACGCCUGGGGAAAGACUUUAUGCAAAGAAUCAAGGAGGUUGGAAUUCUUGAAGUCAAGAAUAAAAAAGGAGUUGUUAAUUACCGUGUGACUGAGGAAGGUUUAAUGGAUCGCUUAAGUACAAAUAUGCAUGAAGCAUGUCUUCAGAUUGACAAAGAGUGCAGGGUCUUGUCAGUCCAUGGAUCUGCUGAUGUUAUCGUCCCAGUUCAAGAUGCGUUAGAGUUUGCCAAGAUCAUACCGAACCACAAAUUACAUAUUAUAGAAGGAGCUAAUCAUGGUUACACUUCACAUCAAGCUAAAUUAGCCUCAGUUAUUUUGGAUUUUAUUAAGGCAGCCCUGCCGGAGAACAAGGAUACCACUAGCUAAAUACUUGUGCAGUGAAUAUGUGAACCCUUUUGACCUCUUCAUUUGAAAGAGUAUUGCGGGUGGCAUUGUCCGAAUUAACCACUGUUCAUUGUCCAACUCCUGGCUGCACAUUUUUUGUUGUCACCCGUGACAUUUGGUCAUGGCAUCUGAUCAUAUCUAAAGCAUAUGUGAUUUUCAA